AUGGCCAGCACGCCCACCGACCCCAGCACCACCAAGGAAGAAGCGCUCAAAUCCGCCCUCUGGCUCUCCCUCGGCGCCCACAUCGACGACACCUGCCUCCACCACGCCUUCAGCACAACGCCGCAAUUCAUCGGCGCCUUCACCGAGCUCGUCUACACGCAGAUCCAGUCCGCAGCGCGGGACCUGGCGGCAUUCGCACGCCACGCCGGCCGCGCCCAAGUGCGCACCGAAGACGUGUUGCUGCUUGCGCGGCGGAACGAGGGCCUUGAAGGCUUGUUGAUGGGGUUUGUGGAGGAGUUGAGGAAGGAGGAGGGCGGGUCUGGGGGCGCGGGACGGAGGACCAGUGCCGGAGCGGCCAGAGGUGGGGUUAGGAAGAGGGGCGGUGCUGCUGGGGCGGCUGCGGGCCGUGGUGGCGCGGGCAGAGGGCGCGGUGCUGGGAGGGCGAGGGGCCGUGGGAGAGGGCGCGGGAAGGCUGCUGCCGCUGAGUGAGUGGCCACGCUGCUUGCUGGUGCGUCGCUCUCUCCCCCACCAUACUCCCAAUGCACCACCGCCCCGCCAGCCAGCCAAGCAAUCCACCUCUCACCCAUCCACCCGUCACGCGCCGCACUCUUAUCCACGACAGCAAGCUCUCCGCCCAUCAGCACAA